CAUUAGAAGAUCUAGAAAGCGAGUGGUCAAACAAGGACCCUCGCGAAUCUUGGGUGGCACUAAAGAAAGGUCCUAGAGGGGAACAUUUCGUGGUGGAAGUGGAUGUGGGAGGCCGCAAAUGUGGUGCCUUCAUAGACAUUGGAUCCACGCGGAAUUAUAUAAGUCACGACUGUUCGGAAAGGUUGCACCUAAAGGACCGGGUACGGCACCUUAGUAGACCAGUAGCAUCUACUUUGGCCAACAAGGAGCGCAUGAUUGUCACAGACUAUAUCACGAAUGUAAUCUGUACCUUCUCCUAUGGAGGAGGGGAACUGAAUCAUAAGAUUUCGUUCCUGGUUAGCAACGACUUGUCGUUUGACAUGUUGUUAGGCAUGUACUACCUUGAGGUUGCUAAGCCCCAGUUCGAUUGGGACAAGAAGGUGCUAAAACAUAAGUUGCCUGAUGGCAGAACAGUCAGAUUGACUAAGUUCAAAGCCAAUAGCAUUAUAGAUACCUAUGGCUGCUUGUGUGCAUCAGCGUUCUAUAACUAUUACAAACAGAACCAAGAGGAGGGUAUGUACCUAGUGUAUGUCUCCGAAAAAGGGGAGGCCGUUAAAACACCCCCAGAGAUAGAACACGUCGUUGCUAAGUUCCCUGAUCUGUUCGAAGAGCCUACAGGAGUUGUAGAAAGGGAAGUUGUCCACGCUAUAGAAAUCAUUCCAGGGAGUAAAACACCAAAGGGAAGGAUCUAUAGGAUGGCUCCCGCCGAGUUAGAUGAACUUCGACAACAACUGAAAGAGCUCACAGAGAAGGGAUGGAUCCGGCCUAGUACUUCCCCUUACGGAUCUCCAGUACUAUUUGUACCAAAAAAGGGGGGUACAUUGAGGAUGUGCAUUGACUAUAGAGGCCUCAAUGCCAUCACAGUAAAGAACGCAGAGCCUCUACCUCGCAUAGACGACCUACUGGAUAGGGUGCAGGGAUGCAAGUACUAUAGCAAGAUAGAUUUGAAAUUCGGCUAUCAUCAGAUUGCUAUAAGACCUGAGGACCAACACAAGACAACUUUUCAGACUCGAUAUGGUCUGUAUGAUUUUGUAGUGAUGCCCUUUGGUCUUUGCAAUGCGCCGGGAACAUUCCAGCACGCUAUGAAUCGGAUCUUCCAUGACCAUUUAGAUAAGUUUGUCGUGGUUUACAUUGACGACAUUCUGAUCUUUAGUAAGUCUGCCGAGGAGCAUGCACAACACGUUGAGACUGUACUUUCACUCCUGCGACAACACAAGUAUAAGGUCAACCUAGAGAAGUGUGAGUUUGGUCGCACUAAGAUAUUAUACUUGGGUCAUGAAGUUUCCUCGGAAGGGAUUAGGCCGGAAGAUGCGAAGGUGGCUAGUAUUCGAGACUGGCCACGACCUCAGACUGUCACUGAGGUCAGAUCUUUCUUGGGAAUGUGCGGCUACUAUAGGAACUUUGUAAAGAACUAUUCUACAGUCGCCUCUCUUUUGACGGAUCUAACUCGACUUGACACGCCGUGGGACUGGAGUGAUGAGUGCGAGGGUGCUUUCAAGCGAUUGAAGCAUGCACUCAUGAAUCAUGAAGUUCUCAUGGUUCCCGAUCCUCAGAAGCCAUUUAUAGUGACCACAGACGCAAGCCAAUAUGACAUUGGCGCAGUGCUGGCUCAGCAGGAUGGGAAGAAGAGACCGAUUGAGUACAUGAGUAAGAAGAUGCCAUCUAAGAAACUGGCAGAGUCCACCUAUGAAAGGGAACUCUAUGCUCUCUACAAGGCACUUGUCCAUUGGAGACAUUUUCUGUUUGGACGUUUCUUCUAUUUGAGGACUGACCAUCAGACACUCAAAUGGAUCAAGACUCAACCGGCUCUCUCUGAUGCACUCAAGCGAUGGAUUGAGGUCAUAGAUCAAUAUGACUUCAAGCUUGAGUAUCUGAAGGGAGAGUACAAGGAGGUUGCAGAUGCGCUAUCACGAAGGGCAGACUACCUAGGGGCGCUAGUUUAUGACUUUGGUGUAUUGGAAGAAGUAACUCAAUCGUUGGUGGGAGCCUAUCAGGAAGACCCUGUCAUGAUGGACAUCAUUCGCAAACUUCAGGCAAAAGACAAGGCUUCAGGCAAAAGACAAGGCCACGGAAACAAGAGUGGCAAGAGGCACAUCUUCGUCAUCAUUGAUCGAUUCACCAAGUUCGCUAGAAUAGUUGCCAUGCCAGAGACCGCAAGGACUGACCACGUCAUCAAGUUGUUUAUGGACAACUGGGUGCGUGAUUUUGGACUUCCGAAGUCAAUCGUUAGUGACAGAGAUGUCCGAUUCACAAGUGAGCUGUGGAAGAAGACUGCUGAGCAGAUGGGCAGUCAACUUCAGAUGACUUCAGGGAAUCAUCCCGAAGCCAACGGACAGGCCGAGAAAAUGAAUAGAGUUGUACAGCACUUGCUGCGGCAUUACAUCAAGCCCAGCCAGGAUGAUUGGGAUGAGAAGUUGCCUCUCAUCGCCAGCCUAUACAACAACGCUGUACACAGCAGUACCGGCGUUAGUCCUAACCAGCUUCACUUCCUCCUACCUGAAAACCGAUCCUCUGCAACCUUAGGCACACUUGAGUAUGGUGUGCAGUAUGAGAAGUUGCUGCAACAAGUUGUCGAGCAUAUUAAGAAAGCUCAGCAAGUAAUGAUUGCUUCUGAGAACAAGCAUCGACGACAGUCCUCAUUUCAGGUAGGGGAACGUGUCUGGGUCAAGGCUAGUGAGCUAGGACAGGAAUUUGGUAUCUCUAGAAAACUAAUGCCUCGGUACUUUUGUCCUUGGGAAGUCCUGGAUGUUGUGGGGGAUGAGAUGGAUGGUCCUACCUAUGUUAUCCGUAUCCCUGGUCACCUACGCACUCACCCUGUCUUUCAUGCCUCAAAGCUUGCACCUUUCGCUAAGACUGAUCAAUUCCCUUCAAGGAGAUCGAUGCUGGCCCCAACCAUGGAUGGUCAAGUGGACAUCGACAACAUUGUGGAUCACAGCGAUCUGCCUGUUCAGAAGCCUUUGGGUAGAGGAAGACCUCCUAAACCUAAGAGAGAAUAUCGCGUCAGAUUCAAGCAUCAUACGGAUCCAAAAGAAGACCGGUGGUUCACCAGAGAGGAACUGAUUGACACAACUCCUCAGGUGGUGGCAGAAUAUGAGAGGAUGCUGAAAGGGAAGGCACCUGCGAAGUGGCGCUUUGUUGCAAGUACAUCGAAGACGAAGCUGGAGCUAUGGCGCCACAGAUUGUUAAAGAAAGAAACAAUCUGGAAGUGGGAUAAGGAYUGCACGUCUGGCAUGAAGAAGUUGAAGCAGGCGUUGAUAGAGUAUCCAGUCCUUAAGGUCGCUGAUCCGUCCUUACCUUUCGUUGUUACCACUGACGCGAGUCAGUAUGGCAUAGGUGUUGUACUACAGCAAGACGAUGGCAACGGAUAUAGACCCGUAGAGUUCAUGUCUGCUAGAAUGCCUUCAGAGAAGGUAGCGACAUCCACCUAUGAGAGGGAACUCUACGCUCUCAAGCAAGCACUAGAACACUGGAAGCACUACUUGCUUGGAAGGCACUUCAAAGUCUAUUCAGACCAUGAGACGUUAAGGUGGCUGAAGACGCAGGCCAAGAUGACACCUAAGUUGACUAGGUGGGCCGCCGAGAUAGACCAAUAUGACUUUGAGCUCAAGCCAGUUAAGGGCAAGUACAAUGUAGUUGCGGAUGCUCUAAGUAGGAGGUCGGACUACUUUGGGGCGAUAGUCCAUUAUCUGGAUAUAGGGAAGGACCUGCAACAGAAAGUCAGAGAGGCAUAUGAUCAGGAUCCUAUCUACAUCGACCUUCUUAAGAGAGUAAAGGAGUCCCCAGAGACUGAACCGCAUUACCGCACUACAGAGGGUUUGUUAUUUGAGAAGGCUGAUGUAGUAGAUGGCUUGUGCGUCCCCAACAGUGAAGAGAUUCGUAGCCUGAUCUUAGGGGAAUGUAACGAUACAGAGGGAUACUUCGGUUGGCAAAAGACUCUAGCCAAUCUGAUGUGCGCGUAUACUUGGCCAGGGAUGAAGGUCGACAUCAUAGAGGUGGGAUCGGGUUGGGGUGUGGGAUCGGGAUGGGAUCGUGGUAGGGUCAAGGUGGGCGCAAUUCGAAAUUGGGAUGGAAUCAGGGUUGAGAUCGGAAUGAAAAGGAUGUGGGAUGUGGUUGGGACCGAGAUAGGAUCGAGAAAAAUUCAGGGAAGGAUCGGGUUGGGAUCAGGGUGGGAUCGGACUGUGAUCGAGGUGGGGUCGAAUCGGGAUCGGGGGGGAGAUCAAGAUCAGGAUUGGGGGGAGGAUGCUACCGAUGUGGGGUUCGAAACGGGAUCGGGAUGGGAUCAGGAUGGGAUCGAGGUGGGGUCGAUGUGGGGUCGAGGAGGACGCCGACGCAGCAAGGCCACAGACGAACGCCGUCGACUAUGCCGAGACAAGCUCUUCGAAUUUGAGGGGGACCUCGAGGUGAUUGUCUGUGAAUGGUCAGUGACUGCCGACGAGGAGGAUGCCCCCGCUGCUGUGCGCGGCCUUGCAACCGCAUUUGAACAUGUGGCCGGCUUGGUCACCACCUGCACAGCACAGCAAGAGAACAUCCUCUGCGUGGACACCCUGCUCAGGAAGCAGGCUCGACUUAUCGACGACCUGCUUGACCGGGUACGCCGGCUGGAACAGCAGCCGGCAGCAGCCACCAUCGCCGGACCCUCCAACUUGGCAGAUCCCGUCCACGUCUUGGAAGUGGACGUCAGGACGCUCAAGGAUGGCGCUCAAGCAACAAAUCAUCAAAUUGACCAGCAGAUUUGCACCCCCGCAGCCAGUCUGACCGCGACUACUCGCAAGAGCAUCACGAAGUUUGACGGCAUACCGAUCUUCUACGAUGCAGAGAAGACGGACCCGAUCCCAUGGUGGCACCAACUUGAGUUGAAGUUGGACAUCCACAAAGUCAGCGAUGCGAACCGGCACGCAUACUUGUACUCCCGAUCGGGGGGCACAUGUCAAGCAUGGCUGGACAAUAUGUUGUCCACGCACACCAUCGCAGUCUCCGAGCUGCAUACGCAGAUCAGCUGGCCUGAUCUCAAGGCAGCAUGGAAUAAACAAUUCCAAGUGGAGCCGCCCGAGCUUCAGGCAGCCGAGAAACUUCAAUGGUUCUAUCAGAACGACCUGCCAAGCACGGACUGGAUAACCGAGUACCAACGCUUGGCGUCCAUGCCCAACUUGUCGUCGACGUUUGUCGGCAUCAAACAUUUCUUCAUUAGGAGGAGCUAUCCGGUGUGGCAGAACGCCUUGACGCAAGUUGCGGAGACGCUCAUCACAAGUGAGCAGCUUUUUGAUAAAGCCUCGCAGAUCAACGUGACGAACACCGAAGCCAAGAAUUUGGGCCGUUUGUCUGCUGCGAACCAGGGCAGAGAUCAGCAUCGGCCGAAAUUCCAAUGGGUGACGAAUAACAAUCGGUUGGUCUUCUACAAGACCCAAGACAUGGUCAAUAGCACCAUUGCCCGUUGGAUGGCUUUUACCAACCAGUUUGACUUCUUUCCCAAUCACAUCCCGAGCAAGUCAAACUGUUUUGCGGAUGCUCUUUCACGGCGUCCGGACCAUUGUACCGCAAUUUACUUGACUUUUGAGAUUGACGAUGACUUGCGGGACAACUUCAUCUGCGGCUACCAAGCCGACCCCGAGUUUCGCGACAAGUACACGAAUUGUUCCUCUCCCAAUCCGGCGUCAUUGCACCAUCGGAUCCAAGAGGGAUAUUUGCUCGUCCACUCGUGGGGGAAGGAUCUGCUUUGUGUGCCGCGAGAUUCACACUUGCGCACGCGACUUCUUGGUGAGUUCCACAGUGCCCUCGCCACCGGACAUUUUGGAGUCAAUCGUACGAUUGGCCGACUCCGUAAGCGCUUUUGGUGGCCCGGUCUUCUCGACGACGUCACACUCCAUUGCGAGUCAUGCGAGGUUUGCCGACGUUGCAAAUCCCGCAAUCACCGUCCAUACGACGAGCUGCGACCACUACCGGUCCCCUUGCACCGAAGGGAAGUGAUUGCCAAUGACAUUACCGGGCCGUUCCCCAAGCACAAGACUGGUGUGGAUGGGAUUCUCACGGUGGUCGACCGACUCACUAAGUUUGCCAUGUUUUUGCCUUGCCACUAUCAUGCCAAGGCACCGGAGUUGGCCGAGGCGGUCGAGACCGACGACCAUCUUCUCUUCAUUCGUCGGAUGCAAGAGCUUCUUGUCAAGGCACGCGACCAAAUGUCGAAGACGCAGCAACGUAUGUGCCAACAGGCCAAUCGCCAGUGUCUUCCUUGUCUGUUCUACGCCGGCGACCUCGUAUGGGUGUCCACCGUGGAAUUCAGCCUUGAGCAAGAUAUCUCUCGCAAGCUCCUCCCGAAGUGGAUGGGGCCCUGGCCCAUUGUGGCACCCGUUGGGGAUGCACCCGAAGGACCUUCAUUUGUCAUUCAGGUGCCCGCCCACUUGCCCGUCUACCCGGUCUUCCAUUGUUCGAAGUUAGCAUUGUUCACUCCAGCGGAACACGACGACUUUCCCGGGCGGCGAUUGCAGGACUCGCCCUCUAUGGACGGUUUUCAAGAGGUUGGCAACAUCAUCUCCCAGUGACGCUACGGCAACAGGCUGGCAGAGUACUUGGUACAAUUCUCUUACCGUAGCCAUAAGGAUGAC